AUGAACUCCUCGCGCGGGAACAGCGCGAAUAAUGGAGACGCAAGCGUGAUACUCCACUUCGAACGGCAACAAUACGGCGCGUGGCAUUCACGUAAAACUGCGACCUUUCCGCUAAUUGGUUCGCCAGAGAAUUGGGUCAGCUGCACUCCGGUGGCGAGAGCUGGCUGGCGUUAUUCCCCAACAAUGGCCGCCGCGCCAUUGUCGUUGAAUAUGACAUUCGGGCUCACGGCGCGAGCCGAA